AUGUCUUCCAACGGUGUCAACGGCGCCACCAGCGGCGGCUUGUCUGCUAACGACAACAUCACCCGCUUCGCUGCUCCUAGCCGACCUCUGAGCCCUCUCCCCGCCCAUGCGCUAUUCAACAACAAGACGCGAUGCUUCGUCUACGGUCUGCAGAACCGAGCAGUCCAGGGCAUGUUGGAUUUCGACUUCAUCUGCAAACGACCUACCCCCUCGGUUGCUGGCAUCAUCUACACAUUCGGUGGUCAGUUCGUUAGCAAGAUGUACUGGGGAACGAGCGAGACUCUCCUACCUGUUUACCAGGAGACAUCUAAGGCGGUGGCCAAGCACCCCGAUGUUGACGUAGUAGUCAACUUUGCUUCUUCGCGAAGUGUCUACAGCUCAACCAUGGAGUUGAUGCAAUUCCCUCAAAUCAAGACCAUCGCUAUUAUUGCGGAAGGUGUCCCUGAGCGACGUGCACGAGAGAUUGCCCAUGUCGCACGACAAAAGGGCGUUACUAUUAUUGGCCCGGCUACUGUUGGUGGUAUCAAGCCUGGUAGCUUCAAGAUUGGUAACACUGGUGGUAUGAUGGACAACAUUGUCGCUUCCAAGCUCUACCGCAAGGGUUCGGUCGGCUACGUCUCUAAGUCCGGUGGUAUGUCGAACGAGUUGAACAACAUCAUCUCUCAGACUACCGACGGUGUCUAUGAGGGUAUUGCCAUUGGUGGUGACAGAUAUCCUGGAACCACUUUCAUCGACCACAUGUUGAGGUAUCAGCAAGACCCCGAAUGCAAGAUCCUUCUGCUAUUAGGUGAAGUCGGUGGUGUCGAAGAAUACAAGGUCAUUGAUGCCGUGAAACAAGGCAUCAUCACCAAGCCAAUUGUCGCUUGGGCUAUCGGUACUUGCGCCAGCAUGUUCAAGACCGAGGUUCAGUUCGGUCACGCUGGUUCUUUUGCCAACUCUCAGCUCGAGACCGCUGCCAUGAAGAACAAGUCUAUGAAGGAGGCUGGUUUCCAUGUCCCUGACACGUUUGAGGAUCUCCCUCAAGUCCUUGAGGGCGUCUACAAGAAGCUUGUCGCGGAGAAAACCAUUGUUCCUCAGCCCGAGCCAGUUGUGCCUAAGAUUCCCAUCGACUACUCGUGGGCCCAAGAGCUUGGUCUUAUUCGAAAGCCUGCCGCUUUCAUCUCCACUAUUUCCGACGACCGUGGCCAGGAACUCCUCUACGCUGGUAUGCCUAUCUCCGAUGUUUUCAAAGAGGACAUUGGUAUUGGCGGUGUCAUGUCUCUCCUAUGGUUCCGUCGCCGUCUGCCUGACUACGCCUCUAAGUUCUUAGAGAUGGUGCUCAUGCUUACUGCCGACCACGGUCCUGCUGUUUCUGGUGCCAUGAACACCAUCAUCACUACCCGUGCCGGCAAGGAUCUUAUCAGCUCCUUAGUUUCCGGUCUCCUCACCAUUGGUUCCCGAUUCGGUGGUGCUCUUGACGGCGCCGCCGAGGAAUUUUCCAAGGCCGCCGACAACGGACUCAGCCCUCGUGAGUUCGUUGACACAAUGCGCAAGCAAAACAAGCUCAUUCCCGGUAUCGGUCACCGUAUCAAGUCCCGGAACAACCCGGACUUACGUGUGGAGCUUGUCAAGGAAUACGUCUUGGCCAGAUUCCCUAGCCACAAACUUCUCGACUACGCAUUGGCAGUCGAGACUGUAACCACCUCCAAGAAGGACAACCUUAUCCUGAACGUUGAUGGUUGCAUUGCUGUCUGCUUCGUCGACUUGAUGAGGAGCUGCGGCGCAUUCAGCCCUGAUGAGGCUGAGGACUACAUGAAGAUGGGUGUCCUAAACGGUCUCUUCGUCUUAGGUCGCAGCAUUGGUUUGAUUGCCCACUACCUUGACCAGAAGAGACUACGCACCAGCUUGUACAGACAUCCUUGGGACGAUAUUACUUACCUGCUACCCACCCUUGCCAAGACAGGACCGGUGGGUGAGAGCAGAGUGGAGGUUUCUGUGAGUAAAUAA